AGUGUAGAUUAGCAUUCUUGUAGAUCAUGUCAAGAGAUCCACUUGUCGUAGGACACGUUGUCGGCGACGUGUUGGACCCGUUCUUCAAGUCCGCAUCGCUUAGGGUUCUUUACAACAACAGGGAGCUGACGAAUGGGUCCGAGCUCAAGCCAUCGGCGGUGGUGCAUGAGCCUAGGGUUGAGAUCGGAGGACGUGACAUGAGGACCCUUUACACACUUGUGAUGGUGGACCCUGAUGCACCAAGUCCAAGCAAUCCAACCAAAAGAGAGCACCUGCACUGGUUGGUGACAGACAUUCCUGAAACAACUAAUUCUAGUUUUGGAAAUGAAAUAGUGUGCUAUGAGAGUCCAAGACCAACAGCUGGGAUUCAUCGUUUUGUGUUUGUGUUGUUCCGACAAGAGGUCCGACAGACUAUUUAUGCACCUGGAUGGCGACAAAACUUCAACACCAGGGAUUUUGCAGCACUUUAUAACCUUGGACUGCCUGUAGCUGCAAUGUACUUCAACUGCCAAAGGGAGAAUGGUUGUGGUGGAAGAAGGUAUCACCCUGUCAGCGGAUGGACAUGAUGACCUGUUCUGAAGUGUCAACCAUUUGAUAGGUCAGUCAUACUAAUUCAGGAAUAUUCCGUGUGAGGAUGACUUAUCAUACAACAAAUGGAGAAAUGUUUAUAAUUCACAGUUUCCAGAGGUCCCCCUCCCCACGCCCCUACACCCCCCCCCCC